AUGGCGCCAUCGAACCUUAAAGAGGUAGUUAGUGAGGAUAUGAUUUGGGAGAUGAGGCGGUUGAGACAAUCUCUCGAGGAGCAACGAACCCAACCCGGAUCCCGUACCACCACCCACAGCAUUAAAGACCAGAAAACCUUGCAAGCCCGUGCAGUUAUCGGCCAACUUUCUCACUCUGUCCAGGCACAGAUCAACAAUCUCCUUGCCAACUGGGGAGAGGAAAAAAAAAAGGAAAAUAAAAAGAUGCAUUAUUGGAAAUUGGAAUUCUUAUGCAGGAUUUGGAGAAACUGUAACAAAAAACACACCUCAGGCAACAAUUUUAAAAAGGAAAAAGGAACAAGGUGUGAAUUAUCUGAUGUAAUUAAGAUAUCUAAUGAUCAUCGCCACUCCAUAACAAUCAACAUAACAAUCAGUAAAAGAUUGCAUCACAUGAAAAGAUCUCACCAGGCAAGGAACACUAGGCUAAUUAUAAUGGCCUCUAGCGAAAUUAUUGGCGGCAUCUUCCUUUCCGGAUAUAAGCUGUUCAGGGUGGAAAAGCUGGCGAUAACUACCCGUCCUGACUUCAUCAAUGACAGUAGGUUCAAGAUCAACAAAUAUAGCCCUGGGUACGUGCUUUCCUGA